AUGUCAGACGAAACAAUUACGUCUAUGAAUGAUCAGGCAAUUAAAAUUGAACCAACAGAAUAUUCAGCAGAAGACAUUGAAGGCGAAAAUGAUGAUGAAUUUGAUGCCAUUGUUAAAUUUGAAUCGUGUUCUAAGGAUAAUGAUGCAUGUUUAGAAAGAUUCAUGAACUCCGAAGUGACAAUUGAAGAUGAAGUCAAACAGGAGUCUUUUGAUUGUGACAUUUGUAAUCAAUCAUUUGCAGAAUUGCAUCAUCUAACAAAACAUAUGGUCGAUCAUAUGCCUAAUCCUAGUGAAGAACGUCCUUACAAAUGUGAAAUCUGUCAAAAGACUUUCAAACAAUCAAAAAGAUUGAAAACACAUAUGGUCAUUCACAGUGUUGUAAGCGCUUCUAUGAGUGCAGUAUAUGCAAGAAGACAUUCAUACAACCGGAGGUUCUGA